AUGAAGCUAUUCACCUUGGUUUCCCUCGUCAGUAUGCUACAUGUAGCAACGGCGGCACCAUCAGCGGACAAACAUUCUCCAAAGAAGUUUUACUUUGCCAAGAUUAACAAGAUCGUGUCUUUCGGCGAUUCAUGGACAGACACUCGAUUUAAUACGUCUGGAGCUCAACCUUCCAUAACCAACCCAUUCGGAAAUACCGGAAAAACAAGCUCCAAUGGGAAAAUGUGGCCAAUGUACUUGACAACACAGUAUAAUCAGUCAUCCGUGUUGCUAUAUAACAUGGCUGUUGGAGGCGCUGUCACUGAUGUCAACAUUGUCAAGACUGGACCCAAUGACGUGGUUACUCAGGUUCACAGAUUUGACGCUUAUUUACAGCAGCAACAGCCGAACUUCUUUCCACCAAAGCGUACGCUGUAUACAGUCUUUAUCGGAAUCAACGACAUAUACCGUACCAUCAAUGACGCUGACCAGAAUGAGACGGUCAUCAAGAUCAUGGAUCGCCUAGACGAGCUCACAACUGACCUACACAGCCUCGGCGCUCGCCAGUUCCUGUUCAUCUCGACCCCGCCGCAGUCUCUAUUCCCAAACAACGUUCCAAAGCCCAUUGCACCAACUCUCAAGGCAGCAUCUGAGAACUGGAACAAUCAGCUUCAAAAACUCUUGAACCAGCUCGACCGCAAAUUGUCUCAUAGUACCUUUUUCUUGUUUGACAUUGUACCGUUGAUCACUGCUGUAACCGAAGAUCCGGCUCAAUUUCCUGAGACUGCGGUGUACAAGAGCACGGGGUUCUGUGCAGACUACAAGAGUGGCACGAUUACACCUGACUUUAAGUCUGAUAACUGUGAGCACAACGCGUCGGAGUACAUGUAUAUCGACGGCGCUCAUCCAACACAAGCGUUUCACCAAAUCUUGGCUAAGAAGAUCGCUGAACAUUUAGCUGCUGGCCGAACCAUUGGCCGACAUUGA